AUGGACACCGCCGCCGACUCUCAAUUUCCUACCCCCCGAGCCAUAGCGGUCGACCAGCAAGCCGCGCGUGAUGAGCGAGACCUCGCGGCCAUGGGCCACACGCAGGCCCUGCACCGCAAGUUCAGCAUGGGCAGCAUGUUCUUCCUUGCCUUCAUCGUCCUCGGUACCUGGUCAACAUUUGCCCAGGGCCUCAACAGCGGACUCGUCAGCGGCGGCCCCAUCACCAUCCUGUGGGGACUCGUCUUUGUCACAUUUUGCAACCUGUGCGUCGCCGUCUCGCUGGGCGAGCUCUGCAGCAGCAUGCCCACGGCUAUGGGCCAGGCGUACUGGAUAUCCCGUCUCUGGCCGGGGGACUGGGGCCGCUUUGUAUCAUACAUGUGCGCCUGGAUCAACACCUUUGGAUGGUGGACGCUUUCGGCAUCACAGCUGGCGUUCAUGGCCGACUUCAUCCUGAGCAUGAAGAUACUGUACGCGCCCAACUGGUCGCACGCGUCCGACGGCUGGAUCAACUUCCUAGUGUAUCUAGGCCUUACCUUUCUUCUCACGGUGGCCAAUAUCGUGAGCUGCAAGCGGGACCCCAUCCUACCGUGGGUCAAUAACUUUGUCGGCGUUUGCUUCAUCGGGCUCUUUGUCAUCUUCUCGGUCGUCCUGCUCGCCUGCGUGGGCGGCAAGGCUGAUCUGUCCUUCCAGCCUGCAUCCUUUGUGUUCGGCACGUGGAUCAACCAGGGCGGUUGGAACGAUGGUGUCACCUGGUUCCUCGGUCUUGUCCAGGCGGCCUAUGGGUUGACUGCUUUCGACGCAGCCAUCCAUCUGGUCGAGGAGAUUCCCCAGCCGCGCAAGACCAUCCCAAGAGUUCUAUGGCUUUCUGUGACCAUGGGCGCCAUAACCGGCUUCAUCUUUAUGGUCGUCUGUCUGUUUUGCAUCCAGGACCUGGACGCCGUGCUGAAUCCCGCCACCGGACUGCCGUUCAUUGAACUCCUGUUGCAGGCCACGGGCCUUAAAGGUGGCACGGUCCUACUGGCCUUCUUCAUCUUCAACGGCAUCGGCCAAGCCAUCAGUAUCUUGACGACCGGGUCCCGUCUUACUUGGGGUUUCGCGCGUGAUGGAGGGCUACCAUGGAGCACGUGCCUGAGCCGUGUCAGUGUCUACUGGAAUGCGCCCUCGCGCGCAUUGUGGCUUCAAGGCAUCGUCAUUGGCUUAGUGGGCGUCCUCUACACCUUUGCUGACACAGUUCUCGAGGCCAUUUUGAGCGUGACGACCAUUGCCCUCACGGUAUCCUACGGCAUGCCCAUCAUGGUACUGCUGCUGGUCGGCCGCGACAAGAUUCCGCCUGGUGGAGUGUACUCGCUGGGAAAGCUGGGGCCCACCAUUAACUGGAUUGCGGUGAUCUACUGCAUCGUCACCACCGUCUUCUUCCUCUUCCCAGAGAGCCCGAACCCGACUGGGUCCAGCAUGAACUACGCAGUCGUCGUGUUCGGGAUCAUGCUGGUGGUUUCGAUUGGAUUCUGGUUCAUCAAGGGACACCGGACGUAUCUCCGUUUCGUGGCUGUCGAGCAGGCUUCGAUCACGGCACAGUCGAUGGAUGAUCCCGUGGUUCACGAGGAUAGCCAGGGUGGCAAGAAGAGCUGA